AUGUUUCUCUCGCUAUUAUUAAUAAUUUCAUGUCAAAGACUGGGAUCGGUAUUCGCAGACAAAGAUUCCGGUAGUGAGAGCGACUUCGGUACCGGUUUAAUAUCAUCUUUGAGGAAUGAUGCCAACCUAGAUCUUUCUGUGGACGAAGAAUAUGAGGAUUUGCGAGCGGAAGCAUUAGCUUAUCAUAGCGCUCUUGCCUCACUAGCGUCUCGGAGAUCUUUAAUAACAACCGAAUGUUGGAAACAUGGCGGUAUCUGCAUCAGUUUCAAACUAUGUCCUGGUUAUAGACAACUCACAGAAAUACCUGGCUGUAAAAACAGACAUAGAGUUUGCUGUUUCGUAUGGAAUCAGUUUGAAGUAAGGGAUAUGAGGGAUAAAGGUAUAGGAAAUCCAGCGUAUCCAUGGAGUCUUAAUAAAGAAUAUGGGGGCGAAGGCAUACGAGAAAUUACUACAAAGCGCCCUAAGAAGAAAAAACGUACAACUGUUAAGGAAAUAAAAACAAACUCCUAUAAGAGAUUAUAA